CUCAACCUUCAUAUAACUGUUCUAACAAAACCAAUCGCAAACACUAACGUCUCGGCAACUUUGUCGGGUGUCUUGUGUUUCUUGUGCGCUUACAUGGGAAACCCUUGGACAUCACUCGGCUGCAUUGUCCAGCCAUCCGAGCCAGGGAUAAGUUGAGCCUUCGAGAUAUUGCUCAAACUGGGAACGUAUGUGGAUGCACGGCUCAGCACUUCAAACAUAUUCGGAACUCAUCCCAUCCCAGUGCUUGAGGGUUGGGCAUCAGGAUGGUAACACAAGCAGCUACCUCCAGUCCCGUCAUCACAGAUGCUGGGAAGUAUCGUUGUACCUGGGACCAGGAAGGACAGGACACGAACCGAGCCGAGAUGGAAGGAGCUACCAAAUCGGCAGGCACGCAGCCUUAUUAGUUGACCAGAUGGAAGGAGAAGUUGAAUAGGAUACAGCAACCAAGUAGUAUUGGCACGCAUCGAUCGUAACUUCCCUAUUGUCCAGGCAACCAGUGGGUGGCGCCUUCUCAUUGAACCGCGGUGACCACACACCACGACCAGAAAAAGUCAGCCACCGGUCGAGUUGGGCGCCGAUGUCGUUAAUUCAAGAGUUCCAACGGAGUUGUGAGGCCAUCCUGUCAACAUCGAACCAAUUGUGGUUUUCGUCCCUACACCUCUCUUGACGUGCGGCGCUGAAAACAUCUCAUCGGGUUGUUAGAUGCGUGGUACCCAAGCUUUGGCUGCACAACAUCGAUAUCGAUGCCAGCGUUGCGGAAACUAUUUUACCUCACGCUUAUUUCUCCCCGACACUGUCACUGAAGAAGGACAAACAAAGCUUACUUCCUGGUUUCGUUUAGGCUGCCCGCCAAAGCUGUCUUCUAUCUGGACUACAUCAUUGUCUUCAUUGUCCCGACUUCGAAACAAAGAAACUCUAACUCCCAAUCCGGGCGGGACAGGAGGACCCCUCUUCAAAGCCGACUGAUCACAACUUGCUAUCCAGAAACACUCCAGCUGUCUCCCAGCUCUGCGACCCGUCGAGCGCCGUCUUUCGACCAUAGAAACCAACUGCAAGAGCACUUGACCUUCACAUUUCCACUUUGGGUCGCUUCAACACCCUUCGAUUUUACUCCAUGAUCUUCUCUUCACUUUUCGCCUCAUCCACGUUUCACAUCUCAUCAGAGAGUUCCGCAGAGCCUGCCGUUAUUUGAGUCUUUCCCCAUUGUUCCUCCUUUUCUGUCCGGGUUCCCUUGUUUUUCCCCUCAACAUGAAAACCUCACCUCGAAAGUCAGAAGCCCAGCGUUAUGCGCCUUACAAAACACGCGCAAGAAAUAUGCAACCUGCUACGAUGGUUACCCCCAGCCCCACCAUCACCGACGACGACGGUGAUAUCGACAUGUUUCUGCUCGAAGCCCAGCUGGGCGUCGGCUUACCAAACUUCACCGAAUGCUAUAUCACCCCGGAGGAUGACAGCAGCGCAAAACUGGAGCUUCGUGGAGGUUAUGUUGCUCGUGGAAGACCGACUACACCUCGGAGGAACCCAAAGGAUCUGGUUUACCCCACCAUCGAGGUGGCCAUAUCGCCCUCCACUAAAGGAUCCGAGACUGAUGAGGCAGACUUCAACGAGGGAAACGAGACCGAGGAUGGUUACGAUGACGACAGCGCUGACGAUGACGAUCUGGAUGACAACCAGGGCUAUUAUAACGGCCACACCCAAAUGUCCAGCAUGCGCUUGACUCGUGAGACGUCUCGUAAUCCCGCGUAUAGCACCAACAGCAACUGGGACGAGUAUGUAGAGGUCCCUCUCCACCUCCAAGAUUAUGCCAAGGUCAUACAGCGUGUAUCGGGUUAUGAGGACUGGAAUGAGGAGCAACGCCAUCUUCACAAACUCAUCUUCUUAAGAGGUCUUCACCCCGUAAUGCCAGCCUCAUGGCGAUGGAGUUACAAGAUGUGGGGUAUCGCUGAGGACAACCUCACUCAUGUCUUUGCGCCAGAGGACAGCAGGAAGGAGGUGAUUAUCAAGGCCUAUGGGAAUGAGCUUGCUGCCUGUAAAGCACUCGAAGCAGUGUUCCUUUGCACCCAGCACAUCUUGGACUUUGAGAGGCUUGGUCAGCGCGAACUUAUGGGGCCAUAUACCGCAAAAACCAUCAGCCGCUAUUGGAAAUGGGCUUUGAAAGAUGCGGGAUUGGACAAAUGCAAGUUUCCUCCACUGCUUUUGGUGCUGGAGUAUGAAUACUCCCGCAGAAAAGACUUCGCCCAUGAGGUUUCCGAUAGUGUGAGGAAGCGGGUUGAGGAUGUUGCCCUGAGUUGGUGCGAGGUGCUCAUGGACGAUGAGACUGGGGAGUAUGUUGCGGAACCGCCUACUAUCUUUGUUUUCACCGUGGUUCAACACACCCUCGUGCUGUCCACUUACGAUGCUGCAUCGCCAGAACAAGGCGUUGUGCAGAUUGAGGAAGUCAAGUUCAACGCAAGAGGGCUUUGGCUGUGGAACUCACUGACCGUCGCUAUCGCCGUUCACAUGGCUCGGGAUACAUUGAUGAGGGCACGGAAACAUGGAUUCAUUGGUGAAGCUCGAUGCCACAGAAGCAAGAAGGAUCCUGAUUUCUGAAAUGCUGGGCUGGGAAACUCAUGGUUUCACGUUGGUGAUAUGGCAUUCAAGGUUUCCGCAAUCCUAGUUCUUCAUGUCUUCUUUCAUGGACAUCUCUUUGUAACGGAAGGAUCUAAUAUGCUUGCUUCGAAGAUACCCUGCUAACGGUUGUUGCUGUUCUGUCACACCCAGAAUCUCUCUUUUUGCAAAUACCUGCUUUGUGCUUUCGUGAAUUUACAAGCAGUUCUUCGGUUUACUACACAUCAAAACCUUGUCAUAAGUUUAUACUGCCGAGGAAGGUGGCCUUUCGGUACUUCUAUCAACUGAUGGUUGGCUGGGGAUAUGUGGUAGGGCAUUGUCUUGAGGUUUGUUGCCAAUGUAUCCCUUUAUGUUCCCUUCGAUGGGUUCCUCGUCGAACAAGAUUUGUUGAGGUACAACAAUUGCCCCACAACUCUCCAAAGGAUGGUUGGUGUUAAUAUGGAAAGCUUUGUUCAAUUCGGAAAUUUAACAGGAAGUCAAGUACCAAGUGAGGGUUUGAACUCACG